AUGUCUUCGCAGCCCCUCAAGAAACAAAAGCUGAGUACAGCUUCGUCCAUUCUGGCGGGUUCAACUGCAGGAGCAGUGGAAAUUGGUAAGGCCUUUGCAUCACUAAAUGGCCAUUGGAGCAGUGCGCUAACAAGCGGAGCCAUCACCUAUCCAUUCGAGUUUGCAAAGACUAGAUCACAGCUGAACCGCAACUUGCCCGACGCUCAGAAACUCCCUUGGCCUCCUUUCCCCUCCAAGCAAUGGUAUACUGGAUGUUCGACACUGAUUGUCGGCAAUGCUCUCAAGGCUGCAUCACGAUUUGUCGCUUUCAACGGUUUCAAAAAUCUACUCUCCGAUGAUGAGGGUAAAAUAUCUCGUCUCAAUACCGCCGUUGCUGGUCUUGCCGCUGGAGUAACCGAGUCGACAUUGGCUGUCACCCCCUUCGAAAGCAUCAAGACGCAGCUGAUUGAUGAUAAGCAGAGGCCGCAGCCAAGGAUGCGAGGAUUUCUACAUGGUUCCAUGGUCAUUGCGCGAGAACGUGGGAUUCGGGGGUUCUUUCAGGGAUGGGUCCCAUCGACAGCUCGGCAAGCAGCUAAUAGCAUGGUUCGGUUCACUUGCUACACCACAAUCCGGGACCAUAUAGCGAAGGAAUCCAGUGGCGGGAAAGUUGGCACAGCUGGAACCUUUGUAGCUGGAGGACUUGCCGGUAUCAUAACCGUGUACACCACCAUGCCUCUGGAUGUGAUCAAGACACGGAUGCAAAGUAUCGAGGCGCGCAAGAACUACAGAAACAGCUUGCACUGCGCUGCUAGCAUCUUCCAGAACGAAGGUGUUUUCACUUUCUGGUCUGGCAGUCUGGCACGGCUUGGCCGCUUGUCACUGAGCGGUGCUAUUGUAUUUACGGUUCCUACAUUCUCUCAGAUCCAUGAGCUGCAGCGUGAGAAGGCAGCUUUACAGGCCUUCAUUCGUGAUCUCAAAACGCAGGACUCCGAGCAAAGAUCUGCCCUGCUUGAUGCUGCCGUCGACCUGCAAGGCAAGAUCACUCUUCCCAACCAGAGAGGCCCAGAAAGCACCCGUUCUCCCAGUCCUCCAGCCACUGCCACAACUGAACCGACGACCAAGACCCUGGUCAGGGACCAGCCAGCGUAUGAGGAAGAUUCAUUAUACUACUCUGAUGGCGAACUCGACAUUGCAAACUUCAUAUCGGUCGAUGAGGUUGGAAAACCUCGUUGCUACGGGCCAUCGUCGGCUCUGCACUACCCUCCCAGGGGCGAUGCGCCGUACUCUCCCUCACGUCAGUCCACGACUGAUCUUGAGAGUAUCCGCAAUACCCUUAUCGCCCAGGCUGCAUUGCAAAGGCAGUCUGAGCACAGGCUUGCUCUGAUGGCAUCAAUAGACGGGACUCCCGCCGAUCUCGCGUAUCAUCUUCUCAACAUUCAUUGGGCACGGCAACACCACACGUUCCUCCUCACCUACCGUCCCGCCAUCAUGCGUGACAUUCAGAUCAACGGACCCUACUCCUCGAAAUUCCUCCUUAACGCGAUAUUUGCCUGCUCGACCAAAUACUCGGGCCUCGUGACUCUUCGGGGAGACCCCCAAGAUCCCAAGACGGCUGGGGUGAGAUUCUUUCGUCGCUGUGACGAACUGCUGGUCAAGGAGUCACUGCUUAUGCAGCCUACAAUACCUACUAUCACUGGGCUCUUGCUGCUAGGGUCAACAUACAACUCUAUUGGCGAACCCUCAAAAGGGUGGCUCUAUACGGGAUAUGCGUUACGUAUGGUGUACGAUCUUGGACUUCAUCUAGAUCCAGAAGAAACGACCAAUAACCCUGAGGACCUGGAGAUCCGCCGCCGGGUGUUCUGGGGUGCGUUCAUUUGCGACAAGUUGCAGAGCCUCUACCUGGGUCGGCCAGUGGCGAUCAACGUGCGCGACUCGCGCGUCUCAACCCAGCUUCUCGACACCUUCGAGGAGAAUGAGCUCUUUUACCCUCCUGGACAUCCUGCCACAUCACUUGCCUCGCCAUUGACUGACCCGCCGCACUCACUCCUGGACUCCAUGUCAGCAUCCACACCCGUGCCAAUGCGAUCCGUGUCUACUUUUCAACACCUUUGUCAUCUAUCAAGGAUCAUGGCGACCAUAAUUAACCGUUUCUACGCUGUUGGAGCCACUUCUGCCAACGCCAGAGCCGGGCUGCAAGGGGUUGAUUCCGCUCUCACGAAGUGGAAGGAGAACCUUUCUCCUGAUCUCGACUUUAGGCCUUGGGAUUCCGCAGACCCGAUACGUGCUCAUCAACCCCCAAACAUCAUGCUGUUACAUAGUCUAUACCACUCGCUCAUUAUUCUCUUGCACAGACCAUUUAUUUCCGACGGCCACUUGCGCUCCGCCAACGCUCCCAUCCGCUCGUGGGAACGGUGUAGUACGGCAGCAAAGUGUCUCAGCAGUAUCUCAUCUACUUAUCGCUCAGUGUAUGGCCUCGGAGGCGCUCCAUAUAUACUUGGGUAUGGUGCUUACGUUGCUUGUACUAUUCACGUGCGCAAUGCCGCCGUACAGCGAGAGGGCUCUCAAGAUCAUGGAGCAAUGCUGGUCGCGAGCCUCAAGUGUCUUGACGAGCUGUGCUUGGCCAAUCCAGGUUUGGCCAAGCCUGCGGCUAUCAUCCGUCGCUUGAUGGACUUGAACAGUCUGGACUUGAAUACCGACGAAAGCCCUCAGGCCGGGGUUCCCAUUUCUGAUGUUGAUCUUGACGCGAUAUUGAAUAUGUUCCCUAUCAACAGUGGUGCUGAGCCAGAAGACGGACUCGUUGGUCUUAAUGCCCGGACCGGGUUUGACUUCGACCUGUCCUUUGACCCUCUUUUCGGGCUUAUGGAUGGGGUAGAGAUGCCGUUUCCUUCUCACGGAGAUGGCCUCCUAACCACUAGAAGAGUCUCAUGA